GCUCCCUUCCCCAGGCCUUGCCUUUCUCCCUGUUUCCACCUCAAGACCCUGUCCUUUGUCUUUCCCACAUUAGUGCUCCUUCCUUCUUUCUCCCUGCUUUUGCCACCCCUGUCUUCACUCUGGUCCUCCUUGCUCAUUUCAUUCACUCAUUCACUCAUUCACUCAUUCAUUCAUUCACUCCUUCAGCUGGCUUCUCCUGAGUUCAUCCUUUCUGUUGGGUCUCCCUGGGGAUGCUGAUGGGAACCUGAGACCUGGGCCUUGCCCACGGGGGGCUGCAAGUCCGGUGGGGGAAUUGAGACAGCAGUCAGGCGGUGGCAGCGGGGGGGGGGGGAGGUGAGCUUUCUGGGGAGAGGGUGUUUAGGGGUUUCUCGAGGGCCAAGGCAAAGUCAUCCGGGCAGUGGGGCCCAAAGGUGUGGAGAGGCUGGAGGUUGUCAGGGGAUGGAGAACAGUGCUCUGUGGCAGAAUGUGGAAUGCAGAGGUCAUUGGGGUGUGAGGGUGGAGAGGUGGGUGAGAGCCAGGCCCCUAAGGCCACAGUGACUCUCUCUUGAGAGCAAUGGGGGGCUAGAAGAAGGUCGUGAGGUGGGGAGGGACAGCGCCAGCUGCAGGUGCCCUAUAGAUCCCUCUGGGACAUGCAGGGAGGUCAGAAAGGACAAAGGAGCUUGGCAAUGCAAUGGGUAUGACUGGGACCGGAGCAUGAGACGGAAAAGAGGGAAGGGGCCAGAAAGAUUCAGGGGCCGGAAGGAAUGGGACACAGGGAUCCAAGGGCUUUGUGGAGUGAUGGGCAGGAGGGGGCCAGGUUAGUGCCCAGGGUUCUGGUGCAACCAACUUGGGUGGGAUGGUGGGGUCAUCCCUGUUUUGGUGGGAGAUGUUGAGCUCAGUUGGGAUGUGGUUGGCAGGGGUCUGGGACAGAGAAGUGGGCUGGAGAUGGUUUGGGUUGCUAUCAGAGAAUCGGUGGCCGAGGGAGCCGUGGCUGCGAGGGAAACUCAUUGGGUAAGAAGGUGCAGGAUGGAGAUUCCAGGAAAACCAGCCCUGGGAAGUGGAGGGAAGAUCAAGAACAGGAGCCUGCAUGGGGGUCUGAGAAGGCACAGCCAGAGAGUUGGGGGCCUGGAGAGCUUCUGGGGUCAAAGGAAGAAUUUUCAGAAGGAUAUGGUCUAUCGUGUCAUGGCCAUCUGACUCUGAGCUGUCACUUUGUUAGAAAAGCUGUGUGUGGGGGGGUUUAUGUGUGUGUGGGGGGUGUGUGUGUGGGUGUGGGUGGGUGGUUAUCUCUUUAAGUGGCUGAUGGGAGAGGGGGUUCUGGAACUCCUCCUGCCUCACAGAGACCCAGUCUCCCUUCCCCCACACCUCUGGACUCUGUGUCUAAGAAGCCCCUUGAGCAGGGUGUCAGUCAUUUAGGUGGGUGUGUGCAUGGGGGUUGGGGGAGGGCACUGGACAGGUUAGAGGCACACUCCACUGGAGGAUGGAGAUCUUUGAAAGACAGAGAGGUCCUUAAGCUGUGACUCCCUGUGGCAGCCUCCCUGGCAUGGGGAUGAAGCGGCGCCUUCAGAGCGGGGGCACCUUGCUGGGCUUCUUGGCCCAAAUCCUCACGAUUCUCUCCACUGCCACCAACUACUGGAUUCACUACCCCGGGGGCCACAGUGGCCUGUGGAAGGAGUGUAAUGGCGGCAUCUGCUCCAACAUCCCCUGCCAGACCAUGCUGGCGGUGGCGGGCGCGUGCAUGGUGCUGGCGGCGUGCUCCGGCGUCGCGGGUUUGGUGAUGGGGCUGCGGAUUCUGUGCCACGAGGGUGACUCGCGGGGCCAGACUAUGAGCGGCACCUUCUUCCUCUGCGGGCUGCUGCUGCUGAUCGCCCUGACAGGCUACACCGUCAAGAACGCGUGGAAAAACGACGUCUUCUUCUCAUGGUCCUAUUUUUCGGGGUGGCUGGCUUUACCCUUCUCUAUUCUCGCGGGUAACCUGGACAGCGGGAAGAGGGUGGAGGAGACUGCCCUGAGCACCCCCCUCCCCAUAGACUCCCCGUCGCCCUCCCAGGGACUCCCCAGCACACUCCGCUCCCGACUCCCGCACACCCGGCAGGAUCGCCCUUAGAGCUCCGAACCCCCGUCCCCGGGGCGCUCCCGGUCAUCCGCCCCAGGACCCACCGUCCCCCACCCGCCCUCCGCUCCUCUCC